GUGUGUGUGUGUGUACAGGUGUGUGUUUAGGUGUGUGUUUUCCCACCAUGCGCCAUCUUUCCCUUUGAGUAAGUGAAACGUGAAACACUCUCUUGCAGAAUGUCCAUUCUUCUGUUCUCCGUGUUGAUCCUCCUAGCUACAGGAUCACAGGUGUCUUCCGAAUCCUACGGGAAGCCCCAGUGCAGUGAGAUGGCAGAAAUUAUGGCGUGUCCUCUAAACUUUGCUCCGGUGUGCGGCACGGAUGGAAACACUUAUGCCAACGAGUGUGGUCUGUGUGUCCAGAGACUGAAAACCAAAACGGACAUCUUAAUCGCCAGAGAUGGCAGCUGUUGAUUGGCUUUAACGAUGUAGCAUGGCUAAAACAAAACAAAACAAAACACAAUUCUCAGAUUAAAGCAUUUGAAAUGG